AUGAAGAAGACAAAGCUUGUUUUUGUUCCAUCACCAGGCAUAAGCCACCUAAUAUCCACAGUUGAGCUCUCCAAGCGCUUAACUGAAAGAGAUGAUCAGCUAUCAAUAUUUGUUCUGGUCAUAAGCUCGCCUGUUGGCCCAGACUCGGAGUCCUACACUCAAGAAGUGGCUGCUUCAAACACUAGUAUUCAAUUCAUCAACAUUCCUAAAGCAGAUCCCAAUCUAUCAGAGGCCUUGAGCUCCCCAGAAAAUUUUUAUGCUCUCUAUUUGGAAAGCCAUAGAUCCUAUGUCAAAACAGCAAUAAUUGAUCAAGUACUAGUAUCAGAAUCCAUCACUUCUCUUGCCGGGAUAGUUGUUGAUCUAUUCUGUAGUUCGAUGGUUGAUGUAGCGAAUGAGCUUGGCGUUCCUUCAUAUGUGUUCUUCACCUCUGGCUCUGCCUAUCUUGGUUUCGUGUUUUAUCUUCCAAUUCACAACAAAAAUGGAAGAGAGUUCGAGACUUCAGACCCUGAUUCAAUUAUUCCAACAUAUUCUCACCCUGUACCUUCAAAUGUUAUACCUUCUUAUGCAUUUAACAAGCAUGGUGGUUAUUCCUCAUUCGUAAAACAUGCUACCAAGUUCAAGGAGACAAAAGGAAUCAUCAUAAAUACGUUUGCAGAAUUAGAAUCUCAUGCUGUGGAUCGAUUGAAAUUCGAUGCUGAAACACCGCCAAUCUACACAGUUGGACCCCUGCUCGACCUGGAGGGCAGAAAGCAAGAGCCUGAUCACUAA